AUGAACAUAGAACAACCAGAACAGGCGCCAGCACGGCAGAUAUCGUUCAAUGUAUCGAGCCAUUACCAAAUUUUGGAGAUAGUUGGCGAGGGAGCAUAUGGAAUCGUUUGUUCAGCCAUUCACAAGCCUCUGAACCAGAAAGUAGCCAUCAAGAAAAUCGAGCCGUUUGAGAGAUCAAUGCUUUGCCUUAGAACACUAAGAGAACUCAAGCUCCUUAAGCAUUUCAACCACGAGAACAUCAUCAGCAUUCUUGCUAUCCAGAGACCUGUGAGCUACGAGUUUUUCAACGAAAUCUAUCUUAUACAAGAGCUCAUGGAAACAGACUUACAUAGAGUGAUCCGCACCCAGAAACUCACCGAUGACCAUAUCCAGUAUUUCAUCUACCAGACACUUCGUGCCCUUAAGGCUAUGCAUCUGGCCAAUGUGUUACAUAGAGACCUCAAACCGUCAAACUUGUUGCUCAACUCCAAUUGCGACUUGAAAGUAUGUGACUUUGGCCUUGCCCGUUCCAUCGCUAGUAGUGAAGACAAUUUCGGGUAUAUGACUGAAUAUGUCGCGACCAGAUGGUAUCGAGCACCAGAAAUCAUGCUCACUUUCCAGGAGUACACCACGGCUAUCGAUGUCUGGUCUGUAGGCUGUAUUCUCGCCGAAAUGCUCAGCGGUAGGCCUCUUUUCCCGGGCAGGGACUACCACAAUCAGCUUUGGCUCAUAAUGGAGGUCCUUGGGACACCUAACAUGGAAGACUACUACAACAUCAAGAGCAAGCGAGCACGAGAGUAUAUCCGAUCAUUACCGUUCUGCAAAAAGAUCCCGUUCCAGGACCUCUUUGGAAACAUCAACCCCAACGUCCAAAUCAACCCGUUGGCCAUAGACUUGUUGGAGAACUUGCUUAUUUUCAAUCCUGCCAAACGUAUCACAGUAGACGACGCAUUAAAACAUCCUUACUUGAAGCUCUAUCAUGAUCCAAAUGAUGAGCCUGUUAGCGAGAAAAUCCCCGAGGACUUCUUUGACUUUGACAAGAGAAAGGACGAGCUUAGCAUUGAUGAUUUGAAGAAAAUGUUGUACGAAGAAAUCAUGAAACCUUUAUAG